CUGUCAAUUCCUCUCACCAUGUCUUCCAACCCUUCCUCGCGAGGAACAGGGCUGCACAGCAAGAUCCUCACUGAACUGGGCCUGAGGUCGGUCUGGCAAUCCCCGAGGGAUGUGAAGUUGCUCUGCGCCCAGCGGUUUGUCCGCCUGUUUGCCUAUGGCGGUUCGACCCUCAUUCUAGCCUCCUACCUGUCAGCAUUGGACAUCGCCGACGAACGCAUUGGCCUGUUCAUGACCUUGACCCUGAUCGGGGAUGUCGCCAUCAGUUUCCUCCUCACACUGUUUGCCGAUGCCAUGGGUCGCCGGGCGGUUCUGGCCCUGGGUUCAGCCUUAAUGGUGGGCAGCGGGCUGGUCUUCGGCACGGUCGGCAAUUACUGGAUCCUACUGGCCGCCGCCGUUUUUGGCGUCAUUAGUCCGAGUGGCAAUGAAAUUGGUCCCUUCCGGGCCGUCGAGGAGUCGACCCUGGCCCAUCUCACUCCCCAUGAGCGCCUGAGCGAUAUCUUCGCCUGGUAUUCGCUUAUCGGCAAUGCGGGAACCGCACUGGGGAUGAUGACUGGCGGGUGGGCGAUCAAUCUGCUCCAGGUCACCCGGGGAUGGGCCUACAUUCCCGCUUGUAGGGUCAUAUUCUUUGCCUAUGCCGCCAUCGGCGCACUCAAGUUCCUCCUGUCUAUCUCCCAGAGUUCGGCAGUCGAGGCCGGGGAAAAAAAGAGGAAGAAGAAGAAGAAGAAGAAGAAGACGGCUUCUCGGCAUUCUGGCGAGGGUGAAACACAGCCGCUGCUCGGCGAUCAAGCGAGCAACCCGACAAGCGAAAGGCAGGAAACCCAGAAAAAAUCCCUCCUCUCUUUCCUGGGCGACGCGGACCUCGUUUCCUUGGUCAUACGACUUGCAAUCCUGUUCGGCCUGGAUUCAUUUGCCUCUGGUUUGGCAUCGCUGUCGUGGAUGACAUACUUCUUCAAGGGCAAGUUCUCCCUUUCCGAAGGGACACUCGGUUCGAUCUUCUUCACAACCAGCCUCAUCUCUGCUGCAUCCGUACUCGUCGCCUCAUCCAUCGCCAAACGCAUCGGCAAUGUCAAGACAAUGGUCUUCACCCAUCUCCCCUCCGCCGUUUGCCUGGCACUUAUCCCUGUUCCCGGGGCUCUCCCACUCGCCCUGACUUUCUUGAUCCUGCGUUCCUGCACUCAGACCAUGGACGUGGCACCGCGCUCGGCUUUUCUGGCUGCGGCGUUACCGUCUGACCGUCGCACAGCCAUCAUGGGCUCUAUCAACGUCGUCAAGACCUGUACCCAGAGUCUCGGACCCCUUCUGACUGGCGUGUUGGCUGAUCGGGGAUUAUUCGGUCUUUCUUUUACGAUUGCGGGUAUUUUGAAGGCUACGUAUGACCUCGGUAUGCUGCUCAGUUUUGCCGGGAAGGAGAAACAGUCGAGGCAACGGACACCGGCUACUCAAGGGGAAGAAGAAACUGCUUAAGCAAGCACGGCGUCUUUGGAAUAUAAUCAUCGACCUAUAAGGCUUUUAGGAGAUCACCAUGACCGGAAACCCCUUCAAUAAAUAUAUAGCAGGUGAUAUAUAUACGACAUACAUUUUUGAUACAUCCACCAUUGUGGAUCCUAUAUAUAUAUAUAGUACAGUUGCUUUUCUCCGCAAACAAUCGGACUACGGAGGACUACUACUUAGUUCUGUGCCUCUAGCUCCAAAGAACCCUUGGGGCUGCAGUCUCAUCGGCAUCUGACACCAAAUAGGUCAGGGUUCAAAGCGUCAAGU